AAGAGCCCACAGUGUGCGCAUUGAGGGAAUAGUUUCGUCUCAGAGGAGAAAGAUCUUCUCCCACCCUUGUGCUCAAGUAAGGUUUUCUCCUCAAUUUGUGUUCUGCUGCUUCAUUUCGUUCCUUUGGUUCUUGCGGGAGAAAGAAUUUGGAGCAAGAAGCUGGUUUGGUGUUUCUUUUUGUUUCACCUUUUAUGAAUUCCUGAAUUUUGAAGGGUUUUAGGGUUUUACAACAUGUUAGGUUCAUUACCUAUAUUGCCUCUCCCUGCACCUCCUGCUGAUGGAAAUCUAGGUCCUCUUCCUGUGUCUCAAGUGUCUGAGGAGAGAACUUUCAAUGAGGAGCAGAACAAAUCAAAUUCAGCUUCUGUUCCAGUGCCAGCAACAGUUGCAACCCACACAAGAACCAUUGGAAUUAUACACCCUCCUCCAGAUAUUAGGACCAUUGUUGAUAAAACGUCCCAGUUUGUGGCUAAAAAUGGUCCAGAAUUCGAAAAGAGGAUUAUUGCAAAUAACACGGGCAAUGUCAAGUUCAAUUUCCUUAACUCAUCAGAUCCCUAUCAUGCAUAUUAUCAACAUCGGUUGGCUGAAUUUCGGGCUCAGAAUCAAUCAUCAGGGCAGCAAACUCCUUCCCAGCCUACUGACUCGGCUGUUCCCGAGUCAGCUCCAACUGCCCCUAUCCCUGAUAGUAAUGGCAUAGCAGCAGUAGAAAAGCUCGAUGUUUCUGCCCAGUUUAAACCUGUUAGGAAAGUACUUGAACCCCCAGAAGCAGAACAGUAUACUGUCCGGCUUCCUGAAGGAAUUACAGGUGAAGAGCUGGAUAUUAUAAAGCUUACAGCACAAUUUGUGGCUCGAAAUGGGAAAUCUUUUUUAACAGGGUUGACAAGUAGGGAAGUCAAUAAUCCCCAGUUCCACUUUUUGAAGCCGACCCACAGCAUGUUCACGUUUUUUACUUCCCUUGCGGAUGCAUAUUCGAAGGUUUUGAUGCCUCCAAAGGGAUUGACAGAGAAGCUGAAGAAGAGUGUGUCUGAUAUGACUACUGUCCUUGAAAGGUGUGUGAAUAGGCUGGAAUGGGAGCGUUCACAAGAGCAAGCUAGACAAAAGGCAGAGGAUGAGAUAGAACAGGAAAGAAUACAAAUGGCUAUGAUUGAUUGGCAUGAUUUUGUGGUGGUUGAAACAAUAGAUUUUGUUGAUGAGGAGGAUGAAGAAUUACCUCCUCCAAUGACCAUUGAGGUGGUUAUAAGGAGAAGCAAGGUGUCAGCCACGGAAGAUGAUACUGUUGAGCCUGAGAAGGAGGUUGAAAUGGAAAUGGACGAGGAAGAGGCUCAGCUUGUUGAGGAGGGCAUGAGAGCUGCUAGUUUGGAAGACCCAGAUGACGGGAAGCAAAAUGAAGUCAGAGUUACUGAAGACCCUGAACCACCAAUGAGAAUUGUUAAAAACUGGAAGAGACCCGAGGAGAGGAUUCCCGCAGAAAGAGAUUCAGCCAAGUUCGUUGUUUCUCCUAUCACUGGUGAGCUAAUUCCUAUUAGCGAAAUGUCAGAACAUAUGCGAAUUUCUCUCAUUGAUCCCAAGUACAAAGAACAAAAAGAAAGGAUGUUUGCCAAAAUUCGAGAGACAACUUUGGCUGCGGAUGAUGAAAUUUCAAGAAACAUAGUUGGACUUGCCCGGACCCGUCCUGAUAUAUUUGGUACCACCGAAGAGGAGGUCUCCAAUGCUGUCAAGGCAGAGAUUGAGAAGAUAAAUGACGAGCAACCUAAGCAGGUCAUAUGGGAUGGUCACACUGGUAGUAUUGGGCGUACUGCAAACCAAGCCAUGUCACAGAAUAUUGGAAAUGAGGACCAAAAUGAUACAUCUAAUAAUGAAGCCAAGAACCUUCUUGGUCCUGCUGCACCUCCUCCAAGACCUGGUAUGCCUUCGGUUCGUCCACUUCCGCCACCACCUGGAUUGGCUUUAAAUCUUCCUCGUGGUCCUGUCCAGUAUUCUGUUCCUCAUAGUGGUGCUCUUCCAAUUCCUCCACCCAGGCCACCUGUCAUUCCGAUGAUGCCAUCUGUUCGGCCAGCUCCUCCCCCUCCAAUGCAGAUGACUUCUGGACAGCAGUCAAUUAUGGCUGGCCAACCGCCCCCAAUGCCUCCAAUGCACCUGAAUAACCAAGGAUUUCAAAUACCUCCACCACCAGGAUCCCAAUUUACUCCUGUUCCAGUUCCCCGACCUUAUGUUCCUCUUCCUGUUCCAGCAUCAGUUAUGCCUAUGAUGCAUCCACCACCCUUGCCACAAGGAGUGCCACCACCGCCACCACCAGAAGAGGCUCCUCCCCCACUCCCAGAAGAACCGGAACCAAAGAGGCAGAAGCUUGACGAUUCUGCUCUGAUCCCUGAAGAUCAAUUUCUGGCGCAACAUCCUGGACCUGUUCGUAUCUUGGUAUCUGUUCCUAAUGUUGAUGAAGGAAAUCUCAAGGGACAAGUUCUGGAAAUUACAGUGCAAUCUUUGUCUGAAACCGUUGGUAGUUUGAAGGAAAAAAUUGCCGGGGAGAUUCAGCUCCCUGCUAAUAAGCAGAAAUUGAGUGGAAAACCAGGCUUUCUCAAGGAUAACAUAUCACUUGCCCAUUACAAUCUUGGUGGAGGUGAAACACUUGCUCUCACCUUAAGAGAGCGUGGUGGUAGAAAGAGAUGAGCUUGUCGCUUGCAUGUCGGAUGAAGAAGGUUGUUGUAAUCUUGGCCUUAUUGUAAGGCAUAUGGACUCUUAUAGUAUUGAUAGACUACAUGACUUAAUUUCAUGAAUUAUAUGUUGAAUACAUUAGUUUUAUUGUAUUUUUGAGACAUCUUGAACUAUUUACUGCUUUCUGGAAGACUGAUGUUAAUUCUGGAAUACAGAUUUUGGCACCUUGGCGCUUCUCUCUUGAGGGAAUGGGAAGUAGUGGAGUUCCUUUAUCUAAUAUGCUCUAUUCAAAUUACUUGCAUCACUGAUUAUUGCUUUCUUUUGUAUUUCAGUUUAGUAUUUUUUUUUAAUUGAGAAGUUUCUUUUGCUGUCAGAGAGGGAUUAUUUACAUAUUGACUUUUUGUUUGUUUUUUUCAUUUUCAGUAUUGCAAUAAUCAACGUGAAGUGAUGAUUUAGUGUUUUCUUUUUCUUUUCCUUUUGUCUUCUUCCUAGUGUUUAGGUUUUUGUCAUAUGUUGGAUAUUUUCUCGUACAACGACACUGUUGGACAGUUGGUUAGAGAGGCGUUGGUUGCUGAGAGCUUAUGUACCUUUAGCUGGGGUAUCUUGUUUGGGUUCUAGUCAAAAGAAGUUCUACUUGGAGUUGUGGGAAGGGCUGUGCAGCUUAGCCUGAUGUGUUUUGAAUGAGAUGAUGCGCAGGUAGAAUGAAUGGACCAGGUUUGGUAUUUUAAAGAAGGCACCGAUUCUCGUGUUCUUUUUUGGGAUAUGUUAGGAAACUUUCUGAUUAAGUUAACUUGCCUCUGUAUGAUUAAGAUUAUCUGGUCAUCCUUAUUCUGCCAUUGUGCAUUUGUUUCUUCCCUCUUUUUACCCCCAUCCUCCCCCAUUGGCCUGAAUUUUACGUGUUUUUGUGAGAUUGUUAGUAUCCCCUCAUCGGAGCCCUAUGUUUGACUCUCGACAGACUCACAAGUUGCAAACUGGUAAGCUUGCUUGCAAGACGCUCCCGGGGAACGGCAUUGAUGUAUAAAAGAUAUUAUUGAAUUUGA